AUGCUAUCACCAAACGCGCUGAAAAUCCUUGAUCAUUUAGGUGUUUACGCAAGUAUAAAAGGAAAAAGCUACAAUUUUGAUACGCUUCAUUACCGCGAUCUAUCUGGCAAGUUACUGGGAACUCAAGAGUUUGGCGGGGAGGGAAAGUACCGUUAUAGAGGUAUUCGUAUUUAUCGUUACGUCCUCAUUGAUAGAUUAUUGGCAGCAUGCAAACAAAAUCUACAUAGUUGCCAGCCACGUAGUAGCGAGUCCUACUUCGAUCCGCCAUGGAUAUUCAACCCCAUCAAUCAGAUACUGGAAAACAAAUCUACUCUCAGCCAUGCGGAGCUUGACCUGCACGCAAAUCUGGCAAAUGAGAAUAAUCAAAUUUCGAUGCCCAAUGGGGUUAGGGUUAAUAUCCACAGGCUGGAUUAUUUCCAACUUCCCCAAAGAGACCAAAACAAUAUUGACCUAGCUUAUAUAACCCCUGGUUUCUAUGCUAAGUUUUUGGCUGUAAACGAGCCAUUGAAGAAACUGUCCUUGCCUUCAUCUGUUAACUCAACUUAUAUAUGCAGGGCCGCAAAGAUGGGAGAACAUCAACACACGAUUAUCCCAAAGAUGGUCAUUACGUAG